UCCUCCCUCCCCCAGUUUAAAAAGGUGCAGGAGCCGCCGAUGCGUGCGUCGCACCGCAGCGGAACGGACGCGGGAUGGUCGCGCGUCCCCGGCUCAGCAGAGGCGGGUAGUCAGCGAGCCGGGGGAAGUUUUUUGGAGCCGUGAGGGAUACAGCAGUUUGAUCAGUAUUGUCUUAACAUGCUUCAAAUAAAUCAGCUUCUCUCCACGAUAAAAUGGCAAACCCCAAAGAGAAAACUCCAAUGUGUCUGGUAAAUGAGUUAGCCCGUUUCCAUAGCAUCCAACCCCAGUAUAAGCUUCUGAGUGAAAGCGGGCCUGCUCAUUCCAAGAUGUUCUCGGUGCAGCUGAGUCUUGGCGAGCAGACAUGGGAGUCCGAAGGGAGCAGUAUAAAGAAGGCCCAACAGGCUGUUGCUAAUAAAGCUUUGACGGAAUCUACGCUUCCCAAACCAGUUCAGAAACCACCCAAAAGUAAUGUCAAUAAUAACCCAGGUAGCAUAACUCCAACUGUGGAACUGAAUGGGCUUGCUAUGAAAAGGGGAGAGCCUGCCAUCUACAGGCCGUUAGAUCCAAAGCCAUUUCCAAAUUAUAGAGCUAAUUACAACUUCCGCGGCAUGUACAAUCAGAGAUAUCAUUGCCCAAUGCCGAAGAUUUUUUAUGUUCAGUUGACUGUAGGAAAUAAUGAAUUCUUUGGUGAAGGGAAGACUCGACAAGCUGCCAGACAUAAUGCUGCAAUGAAAGCCCUUCAAGCACUGCAGAAUGAACCUAUUCCAGAAAAGUCUUCCCAGAAUGGUGAAUCAGGAAAAGAAAUGGAUGAUGACAAAGAUGCAAAUAAAUCUGAAAUAAGCUUAGUGUUUGAAAUUGCUCUGAAGAGAAAUAUGCCCGUCAGUUUUGAGGUUAUUAAAGAAAGUGGACCCCCUCAUAUGAAGAGUUUUGUUACCCGGGUGUCAGUGGGAGAAUUUUCUGCGGAAGGAGAGGGAAAUAGCAAAAAACUGUCCAAGAAGCGCGCGGCAACCACUGUCUUACAGGAGCUUAAAAAACUCCCACCUCUUCCUGUGGUUGAAAAGCCAAAACUGUUUUUUAAAAAACGCCCUAAAACAAUAGUAAAGGCUGGACCUGAGUAUGGUCAAGGAAUGAACCCCAUCAGCCGCCUGGCCCAAAUCCAACAGGCCAGAAAGGAAAAGGAGCCUGAUUACGUCUUACUUUCGGAACGAGGGAUGCCUCGCCGUCGGGAGUUUGUGAUGCAGGUCAAGGUGGGCAAUGAAGUCGCUACUGGAACAGGACCUAAUAAAAAGAUAGCCAAAAAGAACGCUGCAGAAGCGAUGCUGUUACAGCUUGGCUAUAAAGCAUCCACUGGCCUUCAGGAUCAGCUCGACAAGACAGGGGAAAACAAAGGAUGGAAUGGUCCGAAGGCUGGAUUUUCUGAACCAACAAACAACACUCCAAAAGGAAUUCUUCAUCUUUCUCCUGAUGUUUAUCAAGAGAUGGAAGCCAGCCGCCACAGAGUGACCUCUGGCACGACUCUAGGCUACCUGUCACCCAAAGAUAUGAACCAACCUUCAAGCUCUUUCUUCAGCAUGUCUCCCUCAUCGGCUAGUUCAGCCACAGCUGCCAGGGAACUCCUUAUGAGUGGAACCUCUCCUACAGCUGAAGCCAUAGGUUUAAAAGGAAGUUCUCCUACUCCCCCUUGUUCUCCAGUACAGCCUUCAAAACAACUGGAAUAUUUAGCAAGGAUUCAAGGCUUUCAGGUAUGAUUGAAAAGAAAAAAACAAAAAGAGAAAGUAAAACAACCCAUUAGCCCCAGUCCUUCAUCUCUGUCCAUCAGAAGGCUUAUUUUUGCCUGCUAAUGUGGCUUCCAUGCCUCUUGCAUUGUAAAUUAUUUAGGAACACAGAAAACAGAAGAAAGAGAGGCACAGCACAUGCCUCGCUUCCUCUCACUUCUGUCCAGUGAUUCUCUUGCUGCCUGACUCUCUUCCAUGUUCAUAUUCACAUUUAUACUCUCAUUCACUCUCUCCCUCUCCUCUUCUCCUCUCCCUCCAUCCCUCCAUCCCGGCCUUCCUCGUCUGUCCUGUCUUGAAGUUGAAAAGCUGCAGUUCCAUCCAGUUGACUGGCAGUUAGAUUUCAGCACACAACUUUCAAGGCAACUACCAGCCACCACACAUGAGCUUCCCUUCUCACAGUUAUCAAUUCUUUUAAAAGCUGUCAUAAAUAUAAAGGAGUGUUGGUUUUGUAGGGUAUUUUCCCCGAAAAGGGACAAAGGAUAAAUAGAGGAGAAGCGUUGCUCCCAGUCCAUGCACAGUUGAGCUGUGCGCUGGCUGAGGUCACCUCCCACAGCUGUGGCGCUUCUGCGCCUCCCGGCUAGGCACAGGCCCAGGACAGCAGACGCUCGAUGUUAUACCUCGGACAGCUAGAGAGCAUUGUUUGCUGUGUCUGUCUUCUCAGUUUGUUUCCCACAAACAAAGUCCUGCCUUGAGACAUAAGGUAUUGGUGUUUUGCAUCAUUUUCCCUCUUUUUACAAUCAUGGUUGAAUUUUCUGCUGAUGAUUUGAUUUAAAAGCAGUUUUAAAUUUGCCAUCCUACCGUGAGUGAUAAUGCAGGUACAUUUUUAAGGUCCAGCAUCUUGAAGUCUGUUACCUUAGAUUCAUUAAACGUGGGACUGACAGUAGUGGGAUGCUUUCUAGUUGUUUGAGGUAUAAUAAUGACUCUCAGCUGUACUGGAUCAUGUGCUGAUUUGGGAAUGAAGCUUCUCCUCUAUUUAUUCUUUGUUCCCUUUUGUGGGAAAAAUACCCUACAAAACCAACACUCCUUUAUUAGAGCUUUUAAAAGAAUUGUUAUGUGGAAGGGAAGCUCGUGUACUGGCUGGUAGCUGCCUCGAAAGCAGUGUACUGAAACCCAGCUGCCAGCCUGCUGGAUGGAGCUGCAGUCGCCUCCGAGUGAGAAGCUACGACUCCCUACAUCUAACUGUUUCACCCCUCCAUCUAAUCUUCCCCUCAAGACCAAAACCUGUACUUUCUUGUAGAAAUGUUCUAGAAGAUCUGUAUUGUACAGAACGAUCAUAUGCUAUAAAACGUCUCACAGGGUCGUUACACAGUGAGAAAGAAGAUCAUGUGUUGGGAGUAUUUCGCAUGUUUGGUUUGGUUUUCUUACUUCACAGAGAUCCCUUCUGAUUCCUUAAACUCUAUCGCCAGGUAGUUGCUAGUGUUUUUAAAUCAGAUUAUUAAUAUGAGGUUGAAGAAGAUGUUACCAAUUAUUGACUCUGUCAUCUGAAAUUUAAAUGCUGAAUUUCGAGUUAUAAUUUUAGAAUUUGUUGUUUACUUAAGAAUUACAAUAAAUCACUGUUUAAACAAAAGACUUUGAUUCAUAUAGCUAACGUAAUAGAAUGAUAUUAGUUCUACCAAUAAUCUACAUAAGAUAAUUUAAAAUAAACUAUGCUGAAAAGAAACGCAUUUAUACAUGUAGUCCUUUAGAGAUGUCUGCGAGUGGCGCUCCGCUUCUGUACACACAGCACAAGCUGCAUUCGUCUCUGGGGUGAGUUUUCCUUGGUUAAAUAACAGCAGAUAUAAUUUUGCUGCCAGAAGAACUGAAGUUUUUAAAGUUCUUUCUGCAUUAGUUCUUGGCAAUGAUAAUGGCUAUAAUUCUAUCCUAUCUUCACUUUAACCAACAUGCAGUCUGCUACCCCCAUGGCUGGGCUGGAUGUUUAGGCCGCUCUUAAAAACUUGUGCUGAGGUAAUAUGCUCUUAUUUAUGGGCAGGUUAAACAUUUCCAGGUCCGUGUACAAUGAUUUUUACAUAUUGACAACUCUAAGCAGAUGUCUGACGAUCACUGUGCUUCUUCGCUGGGAUGGGCUGGUGCUGGUGGAAAGUAUGCUGCCGGCGGUCACGGUCCACAGCCGCAGAGCCAGCAGCCGCUCUGGGAGUGGACUCAGGCUGUCACACAUAUUCCCAUCAUGCCACUGUAGAAGAUUCUUUGUGGUUAAGAGUAUUAAAGCAUAUUCCUUUUCUGGGUAAUUUUCUCAGGUAAAAAAAUCAUACAUAAUUUUUGUUUCUUACAUGAUCUAAUUAGACUGUAGCUAGAAAUUUUAAGACCAGCUUAUUAGAGAUUGUAUGUCCUUCUGUUACCUUUAUUUCUGGAAUUUGAAAAACAAUAAAUGAUUUUGUUUGUUUCUAGGUCA